AUGAAUUCAUCAUUAUCAUUAUCAACUAUUAUUUCCACAACAAUCAGCGAUAGCGAUGAUCUUAAUGGAAGUCUUGUUGACGAUUGGGAAAAUUAUAAAGCGUAUACAAAAUUCUAUUAUAUUACAGAUGAAGUCUUUUUAUAUGCUAAUCCAAUAUUGAUUAUUGUCGGUAUUCCCACUCAUGCAUUGUCUAUGAUAAUAUUUCUUCGUAAACGUAUGCGUCGUUAUCCAGUAUCAGUAUUUAUGGCUAUGUUAUCGUUAACUAAUAUUCUUAUUCUUGCCGGUCCAGUAACUAUGCAAUGGCUUAAUCAUAAAGUUUUUAUUGGUUUUGUUGUAACAGGUUCACGUUUUUUAUGCGCAUUUCAUGUUUAUAUUGAUUUAGUUGGUUCAUCGAUCAAUUCUUGGCUGAUAUUAAUGAUUGCUGUUGAACGUUAUUUAUCUGUAACUAAACCAUUUCUGAUUCGAACAAGUUUCAAUCGUCAACAAGCAUGGAUUAUUGUUUUUAGUGUUUCUUUAGUAGCUAUGAUAGCACCACUCGGUCUUGCAAUAGUUGCAUCAAAAGUUGAUGAUUGUCUUUUAUUUUUUUCUAAAACAUAUCAAAUCAUAGGUUCCAUACAGAUAUUUUUUAUAUAUGUUUUACCAUCAAUACUCAUAUUAACAUUAAGUAUAAUAACAGUACAUAAGUUACGUAAUCGUAUACGUACUAGUGGAUCAAGACGUAUUCAUAUAAGUGUGAUGUUGAUAGCCGUUUCAUUUUCUUUCAUAACAUUUACAAUGCCAUAUCAGGUAUGCUGGUAUUGGCUGUUUUCCACGGCAAUUGGUAGUGUGAAAUUAAAUCUUAAAGUUAAUAUAAUUAAUAUUGGCUUUCGUUAUAUAGCAUUAACAAUAAGAAAUUUAAAUUACACAUUAAAUUUUUUUCUCUAUUCCCUGACGUCAAUCGUAUUUCUUAAAGAAGCAUUUACAAUAGCACAUUGUAAUUAUUUUAUUAAUGAAACAUUUGUUGGACGUAAUCAGGCAUUGCGUCGUGCACGUCGUCUUCUUUCUGUAUAUGGAGGUGGAGAGCGAGAACAACAAGAAGAAGAAGAAGAAGAACAGCAACAACAACAACAACAACAGCCAUCAAAUACACUUAUUAAUCAAUCCAAUAUUAAUAACGAUGAAAAUAAUAAUAAUUAUCAUAGUUGUAAAAACCAGUUUCGCGUUAAAAAAGCUAAAAAAAAUCAUUUAACUUCAUCGCAAAAUGGUAGUAGGAAACAAUCAAAUCAAUUUUUAAAUGGGCAUUUGAAUUUAAAUACAAGUGCAACAAAUGUAUCAUUUAAUUUAAAACAAAUUAAACCAAUAUCGAUUGAAAACAAAUUUAAAUGGAAUUUAAAAGUAAAUCAUAAAUUUUCUCCAUUGAAUCAUUCAAAUUAUAUAAACCCCGAUGAUCUUGAACAACAACAACAACAACAACAACAACAACAACAACAGCAAUCAUCAUCGAAUUAUACUUCGACGUCCAAUGUACAUGAUUUUAUUACUAAAACGCAACAAUGA